CUUUGUGAAUCCCCUUCAUAAUGCUACCCCGACGCUCAGACAUUUCUGGAAAACGUUUGGAAGUUAAAAACAAGUUUAUUUUCAAGAACAGAAACAUGGACUUGAAGGACAACCGUUCGUCUUUAAAUGAACUACAGGACAAAAUUCGUUGUUUGACAGAUGAAAAUGUCCAGCUCCGUGACAAAAAUGAAAGCCACUUUACCAAACUGGGCUACCUUGAGAGCAGGUUGGGCUAUCUUGCAGGCUCCAAGACUGACCUCUCUUCCAAACUGGUCUCAAGCGAAGAGGAGAAACUGAAGAUAUCCAAGGAACUUGUCGAGGUACAUAUACAGACCAACAAAGUGAGGGAGCAGUAUGAAAAGGAAAUUUUUGACCUGAAAAUAAAGAUCCUAUCCCAGGAAGGGGUGGUGGUGGAGAUGGAGACGGAGAGGGACAGGCUCUGCAGGGAGCUCCAGUCUGUCACUGUCCGCCUACAGGUGGCAGAGAGGACAGGAAGUGACCUCACAGAGGAAUACGUGACCCUGAAGAGGAACUACCUGGCUCUGACUGAGGCCCACGAUAGGGAGGUGGUCCAGAAUGACGAGCUGAGCGCUGAGCUGCUUGGGCUGGCCCAGGCUCGUGAUGACCUCUUCAGGCAGACAGAGGAACAGCAGCAGCGUGUUAGGGCCUCUACAGAGGGUGGUGUCUAUGGGCAGGCUGCUCAGGAGCUGGACAGGGUGCGGGCGCUGGUCAGCCGUAUGUCUCACAAUAGAAUAAUGCCAGAGGACCUGGCUAUGUUGGACCAAGAACGUAAAUCUAUGGAGAAGAGUCUGCUUGGGAACCAGGAUGUGAUCAAAGACAUGCUGGAGCAGAUGAAGAAGAGCUAUGAAGAGCAGCAGCACAGACUGGAGGAGAAAGUGGUGGCAAUGGGCAAGGAGCAACAAGAGAAGAAGAGAGCCAUCCGCGAUACCCGUCAGAAACUAGCCGAACAGAGUGCGGCCAUGUUGAGCUCUCAGAGCCAGCUGAAGGAAGUGGAGGAAGAGAACUCUAAGCUACAAAUGCAGGUGAAGGAACUGAAUGAGGAGUACCGUGCCAAACUGGGGCGCUACCUACAGGACCUAGCUGAGUAUGUGGAUGGUCUGGCGGAGGGGAGGGGGGUGAAGGGCCCCCCAGAGAGGGUGAAGAUGAGGGGCUUCGUGGACAGCAUGCUCCAAGAGGUGCGCUCCUCCUACAGGGCUAGAGAGGAGCAGCUAGCCUCUGCCGCACGCUCCUACAAGAAGAGACUGCAGAGGCUCACUAAGAACCACCAAGCCCUGCUUAUCGCAUAUAGGGUGCAGAGGGAGCAGGUCCUGUCCCAGCCAGAGAGUGGCUUGGACCCCGGACCCCCUGAGGCCCACUUCAGCUUGGAGCCCAGUGAGCUGAGAGGAGAGACAGAAAGGGAGCUCCAGCUCCUACGUCAGGACAAGGCCAGGCUGGAGGGCCAGCUCCGAGAGGCUCAGAAGCCUGUGGCUGUCGUCACUAGACCUAUUCAAACAGUCAACUUUCAGGAUUCUGGAAAAUCAGGGCAGAUAUCUGAAGAGGCCUGGACUGAUAUUAGGAAACAGCUACGGGAGAUCACCAACUCUACUCAGGAGGGCCAUGAGAGGGAGCGUGCCCAGCUCAUCACCAGGGCUACAGUUGCCGAGGAGCAGCUCUUAGAGCUGCAGGAGUAUGUUGACAAGCACCUGGGCAGGUACAAGCAGGAGAUCACACGGCUGCGUAGACUGCUGGGUCUGGAGACGGGGCUUGCCCACAGAGCUGAGGCUCCCAAACCCCGCCAAUCCAUCGCUCGAUCAGGAAUCCAAGCUAUGAAAUAUGAUCUUCCACCCCGCUAAAAAACUAAACAACACAUGAACCCUUGCUUUGGUAUCUAACCAUAUGUAUGAAAUCUGUGCCAGUCAGAAUAUUCCUCAAAGAAUAACAUGAUUGGCUACUAUGACAUAAUAAUGGACUCCAUGGAAAGGCAUUUGUUUCAGUAUUGCUUUUUAUUAUCAUUUAUAAAGUAACCGUUCCUCACUUCAUCAACAUGACUGUAAUAUUGUAUUUAUCCUUUACAAACGUGUCAUACUCAUUUAGGUUAGAGCUUAAAAAUCUUGUUACUUUACUAUCAUAUUGUAACAUGAAACAGUUGUUUUGCCAAGUAGAAAUAAAUGUGUGAGGGAUAAAAUUGCCCACACUGUAAGUUUGUCUAACUACGCCUAGCAAGAAUAUUAUCAGGAGCUGCGCAGUCCAAGAGUUGCAACUUGGUGGACAGCACUUGCAACUCUGCAUUAUUGACCUUGGAUCAAAGAUAGAAGGAAUACAUAGAAAUGACCAGAAAAUGUUUUUGUCAUAAAACAAAGAUGUUUAAAAGGAAAAUAGAUAGAUGUAGUUUGAGGAAAAGAGCGCUAGAGAGGGAGCUAUGGAGAGGAACUGAUAGAAUGGAGGAAAUUGAGAGAAUGAGAAGAGGGAGAGGGAAGAGAGAAACAGGCAGGAGAUGAGGGAGAACUAUGAAAAAGAGGCCAUAGUUGAAGCAGAGAGAAUCCUGAUGGUGGUUCUACCUGAGUUACAGAUGAACAUCGUGAUCUCAAUUAUAACGAUGCAGAGGGAGUUCAGCAGAGGAGAAGGGUUGAGGCAGAAUUUUAAAGAUCUCACUGAAAUUCAAUUAUUUUCAGAAGAGGUCUGCAUGUCCACUUUGAUAUUUAGCGUACACAUUCAUGUUAUUGGAGAGCAAGGAGGAGAAAGAGAGAGAACAAGGGGGGACAGGAGGAAUAAUUGGUUGGAUGAGAAGACAUGGUUGUGGGGUGAGAAAGCAGCCACACUUAGUGCUUGAAGUGGAUUGAAAUAGGAGCCAGUACUCAAACUCUUUAUAUUUGGAGCCAAUAUAAACACCAAUAUAAGAGGUGCCAGUACUCAAGCAGUAGAACAAUUGACCUGACACUUCUGUGAGACAGUUGAGAGAGAAUGGGAUAAAGACAAAUAGAUCUUAGUGGGAAAUGCUAAGAUGAGGUCUAUUUAACCAGUGUUAAAAGCAACUCAUUCACAUAGAUUAAGGAGACCAAGAGAAGAUUAUAGAGCUACUGUAUGAGUGUUUAUUGUUUCACUAUAAAUAAACUACACUAGCUUUUUAUGCAA